AAAACUUAAAAAUUAACUGUUACGAGCAAGCAUUCCGUCAUUAACUCUCUUCUCAACUUAAUCGGUGAUAAAUACAUAAAUAAUAAUUCUUGUUACUAACUACUAAUUAAAAUUUUUUGAAUAAUUAUUUAUUUAUAUUGAUUAAACAUGAAUUUCGAUUGGGAAUUCGAAGAUCUUCAAGAUAUGAAGUGUAUUCAAAAAAUGAAAAAGUAUUUAGAGUUAUUACUGGAAGAAGUGAACCAAAAACUAGCGGAUUUAAAACAUAAAAAUAUUGCUAAUAAAAAAAAAGUUAACUUUAUUAACGAGAAAAAUCAAACGUUUGAAGACAUAACUGUUGAUAAAGUUUUUGGAUUAAUAUUUGAUGAAAAUAAAGAAAAGCAGGUUAAUUUAGAAAUGGAAGAAAGUGAUGAGCUCAUCGGUGUAAUAUAUGAAUGUCAAUAUUGUAAUUAUAGAAACUCAUUAAAGAAAGAAUUAAAAAAACAUAUGAAAUUACAUCCUGAAAGUAAAGGAUACAAAUGUACGGUUUGUUAUCACGAAUUUCAAAGGCUAGAAGCUUUUCAACGCCACUGCCAGUCUAAUAUUUGUAAAUUGCAAAAACGUAAAAGUUCCAAGCAUGAUAAAUCUAUAAAUUCUAUAGAACAACUUACCAAUCAUGAAGUCAUAUAUAAAAUGAUUCUAAAUGGUUAUAAAUAUAGCAAGUGUGAUGAUAAAAAAUUUCGCAAAAUAAAAAGAUUAUAGUAUCUUCUCUUCAAAAGCAAAAGAAAAAGAAAAAUGAAGUAUAUUUAUUUAGUUAAUGUAAUAAACAUUUUAUAGAAAAAAAAUUUUUAGAUCAUCACUCCAAAAUGAAGCAUACUUUUUCACUGAGUCAUGAUUUGAAAUUAUUGAUGAAAAUAAAAAUAAAAAAACGUUGAAUGAUUUAAAAAUUUAAUGAAGGAUU